AUGAGGGACUACUAUGACAGCGACGAUGACGACGUCUUCCGAGGCAAGUCUGUGAGGGGGAAGGCGACUAGCGGUAGCAGGUACGGGGCGUGGGAGCAGAGCGAGCUGGAGAGGCACAUGUUCUCGUGGUCGCUACAGGAUGUGCUCAACAAGAAUCUCCUAAAGAAAAAGGUGAAGAAAAUACCCAAGACUUUCACUUCACUGCGGAGCUACAUGGAGUCCUUCACCUUACCGCUGAUCGAGGAGACCCGUGCCGACCUGUGCUCCGCGCUGGAAGGGAUCAAGCACGCGCCGGCGACCGAGGUGGUCAGGAUGGAGCAGCUUGGCACGGACCCGGGCCAGGCCAUCUUCAGCAUCGUGGUCAGGAAGCCCGAUCCCCAAACGACGCAGCGGGAUCAUCAGGUAUACGCCCCGAAGGACGCCGACGUGCUGGUGCUGACGGAUCGGAAGCCCCGGCACAGCUCGGACCUGGGCCGAACUGGCAGCUCCUCCUACCUGAUCGGCUCGGUGCUGAAGGCCGAGGGCGGCGACGACGGCACGGUCGUGCGGCUGUCGCGGAGGCCUGAGGAAGGGCCGCCUCUUUUCGCGGUGUUCCUGAUCAACAUGACCACGUAUAACCGCGUUCUGAACGCUGUGGAUGUGCAUGCGGCAGCAUGUAGGAACACUAGCGUCAUUGAGAAGAUGCUGGAUCCAAAAGAUCACAAAGAGCCAUCAUCUGUAGCACCUUCGUUUUAUCUGGAUGGGGAGCUUGGUGACCUCGAAAAUUUCGGGCUAAACGAAUCACAACUCAAAGCGGUGGACGACUGCGUUUCAGCUCUGCAGCAGCCGGGCUGCGCCGUGCGCCUCAUCUGGGGGCCUCCUGGGACGGGGAAGACGAAGACCAUCAGCGCCCUUCUGUGGUCCAUGUUGGUCAAGAGCCACCGGACAGUGACCUGCGCCCCGACGAACACCGCGGUGGUGGAGGUCGCAUCUCGGGUCCUUAGUCUCAUCGAGGAGUCCUCCGGUGGCGGCGGCGGCGACAGCGGGAAGAAGUGUUUUCUGAGUGAUGUGGUACUGUUCGGCAACGAGGACAGGAUGGCCGUGGAAGAUAACCUGGGCAAAAUCUUCAUGGACUCGCGUAUCCGCCGUCUGCGUCAGUGCUUGGUGCCAGGCACGGGGUGGACAACGUCCCUGAGUUCCAUGCUCCAGCUUCUAGAGCAUCCAUUGGUUCAGUAUGGUAGGUAUGCUGACGACAUAGAAGAACAGAUAAGCGAUUUGGCCUCAGAAGACGAGUUGAGAGAUGAACUUGCUCCCCAUCUGAAGAACAGAAAGGAACUUACUAAUCAAAAGAAGAUCGAUGAGGUUCAGGAAAUGCAGAAGAAAAUACUGGAGAUACAGAAGAAGGUGAGGGCAAUAAAGGAAAAGAAAAUGACGUUCAAGACCUACUUCCAAAGUAACUACACACGGCUUGUCAAUGAUCUGCGCAGGUGCCUGGAAACUUUUGGCAAUGAUCUUCCUAGAUCUGCAGCGUCAGAAGAAAACUUUCGCUGCAUGGCAGAGGUGCCGCCCCUGCUCAAUGCGUUUGGGGAACUUGUGAAGUCUGAAACAGAUGAAAAGCUGCAGGCACUAUUCAAAAAUGAUGAUGAUAGUGCAGGAAUCCGUUCAUUGUUCGGGACUCUGUUGGGUCAGGUGAAGGCCGAUGUAAGUUUCGAGCUGAAGGACGCAAGAUCUUCGUGUGUUAUGAAGUUGCGGCACCUGUCUCUGAACUUUGAGCUUCCGGAGAUGUAUGAGAACCGGACAGUCGAAGAGUUCUUGCUCCAGAGGGCUAAGAGCGUGCUCUGCACGGCUUCUAGCUCAUACCGUCUGCACUGCCUUCCAAAGGCCCAGCCGUUCGAUGUUGUCGUCGUGGACGAGGCAGCGCAGCUUAAGGAGUGCGAAUCACUGAUUCCUCUGCAGCUGCCUGGCGUCAGGCAUGCUGCUGUUCUUAUCGGCGAUCAGUACCAGCUACCAGCCCUCGUCAAAAGCAAGGUUUGUGAGGACGCGGAAUUUGGGAGAAGCCUGUUCGUGAGGCUGACAUCCCUGGGGCAGCCGAAGCACCUCCUCGACGUGCAGUACAGGAUGCACCCAUGGAUCAGCAAGUUCCCCGUCGAGAGCUUCUACGACGGCCGGAUAACCGACGGCCCCAACGUGCUCAAUAGAAACUACGAGAGGCGGCACCUGACCGGCCCGAUGUACGGCUCCUACUCGUUCAUCAACAUCGACGGCGGGAACGAAAGCACUGGCAAGCAUGACCGGAGCCUCAUCAACGCCGUCGAGGCCGCCGCCGUGGUCCGCAUCCUGCAGAGGCUCUUCAAAGGCAUCCCUGAACGCCCGCUCCAGUCCGUCGACACGAACAGGGCGGUCCGCGUGGGCGUGGUGUCGCCGUACAAGGGCCAGGUCCGCGCCAUCCAGGAGAAGAUCGCCGGGGCGGAGUACGCGGCUCACGAGGGGUUGUUCUCGGUGAAGGUACGGUCCGUGGACGGCUUCCAGGGCGCGGAGGAGGACGUGAUCAUCUUCUCCACAGUGCGCAGCAACACCGCCGGCAAAAUCGGCUUCCUCGCCGACAUCAACCGCACCAACGUCGCGCUGACGCGGGCAAAGCAUUGCCUGUGGAUUCUGGGCAACGCCAUGACGAUUUGGCGGGGGAUCGUCGCCGACGCCAAGGACCGGGGCUGCUACUUCGACUCCAAGGACGACAAGGACCUCUCCAACGCCAUAAUCAAGGCCGCCAUCGAGCUGGACGAAGUGGAGAAUCUGCUCAAUUUUGAUGGCCUGCGUAUCGGCGGGUCGAGGUCCGGGUUUCGACCGUAA